CAUCAGAGUCUCAGAGGAGGCAGAGGGAGGAGGGGAGUGGGAGCAGCAUCAAUGAAGCAGCCUUCAUUCUGAACGAGCCGCGAGUGGCACUGCUCCCAGCGCCUCGUCUCUCUCGCUCUCGCCUCCUCCCCGGAUUCAUCAGAGGAGACGAGAGGAACCGCCGUCCUUCCACACCAGUGUGCCGAGGGAAAUAUCCCGUUUCCACGCUGGAUGAGCAGAGCAGGGAAUCCCAGCAGUGCAGGAGCAGCUCAGUCUUAUAGCUGGUCCUUGUCGAAACUGGGGGGAACAGCCCAAUUUUAAUGCGGACGUUCGAGGACUUUUAAUGAUGUGGUUGAAGGACUAAGAAGACAGUAUUUUCACUCCUAUUUUUCCUGUGGCUCCAGCAUGAUUUUCUCUACCCCCAUCAUUGCCUUGGGUGCCACUCUGGGCACAGCUUCAGGUAUUCUUGCUGUAUGCGGGCUGUCACUUCUCUGCAAGUCUUACAGGAAGGGGCUGUCUGAGCAAGACACAGAAACAGACCCGGAGAAGACAAAACCUAGUGUCCUCCACUCCGCCCAGCAGUUCAGCGUCAAAAAAUCCACGGAGCCCAUACAGCCAAGGACUCUGCUGAAAUUUCCCAAAAUUUACAAGCCGAAGCCGGUGGUCACCUCUUCAGAAGUGAUUAAUUACCCAGAUUACACCUUAGAGACAACAGCCGAGUCUACGUCUGAGAACACUGCAGAACCAGGCCGCGGUAACCUAGCAACAGAGGGAUCUGAAGAGGUCUUUAUCAUCCCCAGGCAAGACUCCAUCGAUGGCAUUCCUAGUUCCGAGGAAGCGAAGAGGGAGAUGAAAACGAGCAGCUCCAUGCUCAAUCCGAAACUUCAUUUCUCCCUGACCUACCACACCCAGAAGAAGGAGCUGCAGGUCACAGUCAUUGAAGCGGAGCACGUGAGCGUGGAGGCGGGGACAGACGGCUACAUUGUGGGGCUGAUGACGACCGAGACGGGCAGGAAGGAGGCCCAGACGUCCAUCAGGCGCCUGACACCCCACGUCCUCUGGGAGGAGCCCCUGGGGUUCCCGCUGCCAGAGGGCUACGAGGUGGAAGGGGAGAUCGCCCUGUCCCUGUACAGCUGUGACCGCUACUCCAGGCAGGCCAACCUGGGCGUGGUGAGAUUCAAACUGGCCGACGUGGGGAUGCUCUCGGACGCCGACUGCUGGGUCGACCUCCAGCGUCCUAAGCAGGAGCUGAGCGCCUCAGUGGGAGAGAUCCUGCUGUCCAUCAGCUACCUGCCGGCCGCAAACAGGCUAGGAGUGGUGGUCAUGAAGGCACGCGGCCUGCAGUCCGACAAGCUGAAAGACGUCAUAGACAUCUCGGUGAAGCUGGCCCUGAAGCACCAGUCCACCAAGCUGAAGAAGAAGCAGACGCGGAGGGUGAAGCACAAAAUGAACCCCGUGUGGAACGAGAUGAUGAUGUUCGAGGUCCCCCACGAGCUGCUGUCCAAGUCCUGCCUGGACCUGGAGGUGCUGAACCAGGCCGGCGGGGGCGGCGAGCAGCAGUCUCUGGGCCACUGCUCCCUGGGGCUGCAGGCCAGCGGCACGGGGCUGCAGCACUGGGAGCAGAUGCUCAACAACCCCAGGAAGCAGAUUGCCAUGUGGCAUCCUCUAUACGGGUAAAGAAGGAAGAGGGAGGGAGAGAGCCCCAUUGGGAGCUAAACUCACAUUCCACAGUGAUGGCCAUGGACAUUCAAAACGAGCAGAGCAAAAACAUUAGGCUAACUCUAUCGGUAGUUUUAUACCUGAAGCACACCACACACGCCCUUGACCUUUAACUUUCCAUGACAGAGUCUCGGCCCUCUGCAAACCCAUCAUCGGCUUGAAGCGUAGGUGUGUGUCCCUCAUGCACACUUCAUGCAGCUAGAUUUGUCAUUCUUGUCUUUUCCGUACAGUAUUCAGUGAUGGUGGAGUUGAAGCCCCCAUGGGCAGAUGUCCGCUCUGGAAGCCUGCGGGCAGGAGGGGGAGAGGGAGAGGGAAUCUCUGGUUAACGCCUGCGGAAGCAAGUUCGGGUCCUGUUGGCACAAGCAGCUUGUGGGAUUGGAAUUUGUCAGGAUGAGCUUUCAGGCAAGGUGGGGCUCGUAGGGUUUACCUUAAUGAUGCCCGUUAUUAACUACAGGACUAAUGGUAAAAAAGCGUGACGCAAAAUAUGCUCAGAGCAAGGAUUUUCCAGUGCUGUAUGGAUAAUCUACUAUCAAGAAAAAGAAGGAAGGUGUCAUUCCAUAUAGUGCAAAUCAGUACAAAUAAGUGUUAGGCUAACAUUAAUGCGGUCAAGAAUGACACAGAUAAAAGCCAGAGAACAUGUUUCAUACACAGUCGAAGAUGGAGAUCACAGGAAUUAGAAUAAAGACAUUCCGAUCAAAAUGGCAGCAGUUCAUUAGGGUUUCCCUGUCUUUUCAAUCCCAUGGAAUUGUCCCUCUAUCAGGAAUGACUUUCUAUACAUAAUAUAUUAUGAGCAUUCCUCAAGUUAAGGCAAAUAUCUAAUUAUUUUUACUCAACGAAGCAUUAUAUAAAAAUCUACAACCAGAAGUAAAUUUAUUUAAUUGCUCCUGGUGAGCAAAGGUCAUUUCAAAAUAAACCUGCAGUAUGUUAACUAUGUCAAUAUUUAAAGGCGGAUCUCAUAAAUAUCACAGCACUUCAGCUACCAAAGCAUUAGGCUGAUUUGUGCAUAGAGGUUACAGAAUAUUGUUGUGUGUUAAAUAUUUAAGGCUGUGUUCAAUCUACAGGAUGUCAGAAAGGCCGAUAUAGUUCUGAAAAUUAGAUUUUAAAAGAGCUACAGUGCCCUGAUAGAUAGGAGAAUAAAAUGAACAUUUGUACAGUGUCUGGUUAACAGGGUGUAAGCUGGGCAAUAAGCACAAACUCCCAAAAUACAUUCUGUCCUUUGUGAACAUGAGACCAAGGAUAAAAUGCACUGUGGGAGCCCGAUGUAUCACCAGAAGUACUCCCCCAGCCUUGACUGCUCACUAAUUUCCAGGGUAUGUUCUCAAAUACAAUCAUCUGCUCCUUCAGACCCAUGAGAAGUUCUGAAUGAGCAAGCCAUAUCACACUUGCGCCAACAGCCCUGGUAGCCACCAGCUCUAUGUUAUUUAUGUAUGUCAGUGAUGCUAAUUUUAUUCUGCUAGGGCACUGUAGUAGUGGAGCAGUAGAGUAGUAUCAAAUGAAUUGUG